GCCCAAAUUGAUGCCAGCCCACGCACUCGAGGCUGGGACCAGGGGUGGCACCAACACGGCUGGGGAGCCCACUCCCGAGGUGCCACUGACUGGGGAUGACCACAGCCACAGUGCAAAGACGCACGGGAUGAGAUCAGCCCCCGUGACCCUGGGACUUUGCCCUCCUCCUCAGCAGAAGCUCUCCCGGCACCCUGUGUGCCUGUCCAUCUGGAAGGCCCAGCAUGAGACGCCCGGCCAUCCUCCUCGCUGUGGCUCUGGCCACGCUCCUGGCUCCAGGGGCCGGGGCACCGGUCCACAGGCAGGGCUCCCGGCACAAGCUGCUCCUGGUGUCCUUCGACGGCUUCCGCUGGAACUACGACCAGGACGUGGACACCCCCAACCUGGACGCCAUGGCCCGAGAUGGGGUGAAGGCACGCUAUAUGACCCCCGCCUUUGUCACCAUGACCAGCCCCUGCCACUUCACCCUGGUCACUGGCAAAUACAUUGAGAACCACGGGGUGGUUCACAACAUGUACUACAACACCACCAGCAAGGUGAAGCUGCCCUACCAUGCCACGCUGGGCAUCCAGAGGUGGUGGGACAACGGCAGCGUGCCCAUCUGGAUCACAGCCCAGAGGCAGGGCCUGAAGGCUGGCUCCUUCUUCUACCCCGGCGGGAAUGUCACCUACCAAGGGGUGGCCGUGACGCGGAGCCGGAAGGAAGGCGUCCUGCACAACUACAAAAAUGAGACGGAGUGGAGAGCCAACGUCGACACGGUGAUGGCGUGGUUCACGGAGGAGGGCCUGGAUCUGGUCACGCUCUACUUCGGGGAACCAGACUCCACGGGCCACAAGUACGGCCCCGAGUCCCCGGAGAGGAAGGAGAUGGUGCAGCAGGUGGACCGGACCGUGGGCUACCUCCGGGAGAGCAUCGCGCGCAGCCACCUCACAGACAGCCUCAACCUGAUCGUCACGUCCGACCACGGCAUGACCACCGUCAACAAGAAGGCUGGUGACCUGGUCGAGUUCCACAAGUUCCCCAACUUCACCUUCCAGGACAUCGAGUUUGAGCUCCUGGACUACGGACCAAACGGGAUGCUGCUCCCUAAAGAAGGGAGGCUGGAGACGGUGUACAGUGCGCUCAAGGACGCCCACCCCAAGCUCCACGUCUACAAGCGGGAGGAGUUCCCCGAGGCCUUCCACUACGCCGACAACCCCAGGAUCACGCCCCUGCUGAUGUACAGCGACCUUGGCUACGUCAUCCACGGAAGAGUUAACGUCCAGUUCAACAACGGGGAGCAUGGCUUUGACAACAAGGACAUGGACAUGAAGACCAUCUUCCGCGCCGUGGGCCCCAGCUUCCGGGCGGGCCUGGAGGUGGAGCCCUUUGAGAGCGUCCACGUGUACGAGCUCAUGUGCCAGCUGCUGGGCAUCGUGCCAGAGGCCAACGACGGGCACCCAGGUGCCCUGCGGCCCAUGCUGCGCACAGAGUCCACUCUCCUGCCAGAUGGAGGGUCAGCUCUCCUGCCCAGCAGCUGGCUGCUCCUCAUGAUGGGACUGCUGGGGACCAUGAUUCUCCUGUCUGAGGUCGCAUAACGCCCCACGGCUCAAGGAAGCCUCUGGGAGCCGCCCGCAGCCCUGGGCCUGCCGUCCCGCUGUGAUGCUCUGCUGGACGCGGACGGACCCUCCCUCCCCAGCUUAUCCCAGGCCAUAGGCGGCAUGCACUGUCCCCCGCCGCGCCAGUCCCCGUGCUGGUAAUAAACCUCGCAGCCCAGGCCCAGGGCC